UCCAGCUUUCUUCCCCCCAAUAUGUAAGAUCAGAUGCAAGGAAGUUCGUUCCUUGAAUUCAAGAAAUAAAAAUAAAGAAAACAACUAGUACAAUUUUUUACUAGGAAAAUACCAGUCAAGGAGUAGAGUAGAGAACAGAGAUUGAGAGAGACACGGUGAGAGAUUGUGAAAGAGAGAGGCUUUGACUAAAACCCCUCCAUAAACGGCUCUCUCUCUACACCCCUUCCCCACGGACCGUUGACUUCAAUUUCUCUCUCUCUCUCUCUCUCUCUCUCUCUCUCCGGCAUUCUCUCAGAAUUUUCCCUUGAAAGUGUAAGAAAAUUUCCUUAACUACCUUCAGCGUCAAAGUCAGCUCCAAACAGUUACCCUCCGGUGAGCUCCGGCGACGACUUACCCUUCCGAUUCCCUUUUUCAAUCGAGCGAUAGGUGCCAAUGUUUGGCUACCAAGGGAUUUACUAGGAAUAUACAGGUUGUUAGCUGAAGCAAUUGUUGUGGCAAUGGAUCGAGUGGUCUCGGCGAUCUCAUCCUCGGCUUUUCUUUGCCUAUUUCUGGUUUUUUCUUGGUUAUUUCAGGCCUCUGGUAAUGCCGAAGGCGAUGCCUUGAUUGCGCUGAAGACCAACUUAGCUGAUCCUAAUAAUGUUCUGCAAAAUUGGAAUUCAACACUUGUCAAUCCCUGCACUUGGUUUAACGUAACGUGCAACAGUGAGAACAGCGUUACAAGAGUUGAUCUUGGAAAUGCAAACUUGUCUGGUCAACUGGUUCCACAACUUGGACUGCUUCUGAAUUUGCAGUACUUGGAACUUUAUAGCAACAACAUAAGUGGAAGAAUUCCUAUUGAGCUUGGCAAUUUGACAAGUUUGGUAAGCUUGGAUCUUUACUUGAACAAUUUGAGUGGUAUCAUCCCGGACACAUUGGGCAGGCUUCAGAAAUUACGUUUCCUACGGCUUAACAACAACACUUUGUCUGGAACUAUUCCUAUGUCAUUGACUACUAUCAGUUCACUUCAAUCCCUUGAUCUUUCAAACAAUCACUUAACAGGAGUUGUCCCAGUUAAUGGCUCCUUUCAACUUUUUACUUCCAGCAGUUUUCAAAAUAAUAAUUUUACAUUUCCUCCAACUCCACCGCCACCCCCAUCUACUGCUUCAGGUAGCAGUGCCACUGGAGCCAUUGCUAGAGGAGUUGUUGUUGGUGCUGCCCUGUUGUUUCUCACACUUACUUGGCAGGGCUGGCCCUGAGGUGAGGCGACUAAGGUGGUUGGCUCGGGUCCCCAAUUUUGAACAAAAUUUAAGACCCCCAGCUAGGGGAGUGUAUCAUGUGGUGUUAUUUCAGAAUUACUUCAAUAUUUGCUCAAUUCAUUUAUUUUCAUGUUGUCAUAUGGUGUUAUUUUGAUUCGUGUCCGAUAGAUGUUUAAUGUGAAAACUUGCACUUUUAGUUAAAAAUAACUUUGCAAGUGUAUGGAGAGAUUAAAAUUUUUCCCAUAAGUUGAAUUUUAUAAAAUUUAUUUGUACUAAA